AUGCCUUUUUUUUGCGCAUUGCCAGCCUCUCUUAAACCUAUUCAUUACGAUGUUUCUGUGUUUGAUAUCACAGAACACGAUUUCCGGGGCAAGGUGGCCAUUGAUCUUGAGAUUCGGCAAAAGACUGACGAGGUGCAUUUGCACUACCGAGACCUUGUGAUUGGCGAGGUGUACGCCACAUACAACGACCAAAAAACCCAAGGCUCGAUUGUGGAGCAAAAUGAGAAAAAGGAGUUUUUCGUUGCCAAGUUUAAGCCGGAGUUUGCUGAUGUGGGCGAGCACGUCCAUGUGGAAAUCUUUUUCACGGGCAAGAUCCAGACGAACAUGGCCGGGUUCUAUAAAUCCUCGUAUAAGGAAAACGAUGAAACGAAGCACAUGCUUUCCACGCAAUUUGAGGCUACGGACGCACGGAGGGCAUUUCCCUGUCUUGACGAGCCGGCAUUGAAGGCCACAUUCACGGUGCACGUGACCACCAGUACUGACAUGACUGUUUUGGGAAACAUGCCCGUACAAGAGGAGAAAACCUUGGGCAACGGCAUUAAGGUUGUCUCCUUUGAAAAGACCCCUGUCAUGUCCACGUAUCUCUUGGCGUGGGCGAUCGGCGAAUUCGACUAUAUUGAGUCUUUCACCCAAGAUUUGUACGUGAACGACAAGCCCUUGCCUGUCCGAGUCUACACAACCAAGGGGUACACAGUAGACGCUCAGCUUGCGCUUGAAAUCGCGCCGAAAAUCGUCGAUCUUUUCAGCAGUGUGUUUGGCGUCAAGUACCCGUUGCCCAAGUUGGACCUCAUUGCCGUGCACUCGUUCUCCCACAACGCCAUGGAAAACUGGGGCCUUAUCACGUACCGGUCCACAGCGCUUUUGUACUCGGCGGCUAAUCUGGACCCUUCGUACAAACAGAAGGUCGCGUAUGUGGUGGCACACGAAAUCGCACACCAGUGGUUUGGCAAUCUUGUGACCAUGCAAUGGUGGGACGAAUUGUGGCUCAACGAAGGGUUUGCCACGUGGGUGGGCUUCUAUGCGGUCGACCGCUUGUUUCCCGAAUGGGACAUUUUUGCUGAGUUUGUCCUGACGUCUUUGCAGGAGGCCCUCCGGUUGGACGGGCUCAGAAACUCGCACCCUAUCAAGGUGGCUGUUCUGGACGCGUUGGACAUCGACCAGCUUUUCGACACCAUCUCUUACUUGAAGGGUGCGUCGACCAUUCUCAUGCUCUCCACUCACUUGCAGACCGAUGUUUUUUUGCGGGGCGUGGGCAGAUAUUUGAACGAGAACAAAUUCGGCAAUGCUACAUCCGAGGAUCUCUGGCGGGCGGUCUCCGAGGUGAGUGGACAGGACGUUUCCGCCAUGAUGCAAGCGUGGAUCUCCAAGAUCGGAUAUCCCGUGGUCAGUGUAUCCAAAAAUGGCCAAGGUGCACUUUGUUUGAGCCAACUGCGGUUCCUUAAUGGCGGUGACGUGAAGCCAGAGGAGGACCAAACAAUGUGGUGGGUGCCUAUUUCUGUGGUGGAGCAGAAGGAGAGCGUGACCACGGACUCGUUCAGCGAGAAGUCGGUGGUCUUAGAUGCUGAGAUCAAUGGGCUAUUCAAGAUGAAUAGAGAUACGAGCGCCCCGUUCAGAGUCAACUACAGCCCCGACUUCUUGCAAAGCCAUGUUCUCGAACACUUCAGCGAACUCUCCACCAAGGACAAAAUCGGGGUCAUUGCAGACGUGGCGGCCAUUUCCGUUUCUGGCGACAAGCGCACGUCCACAGUGACGUUUUUGGACUUGGCAAAGCAUAUUGUGUUGGACCGCGAUCUCGUGGGCUCCACCUACGCCACGUGGCAUGAGUUGAGCCACCGCAUCUCGGCGUUUGCGCUUACUUUUGGCGGCAUCAACAGCGACUUGGACAGAAGCAUUGCUGCUUUCUGUGAGCAGGUGUACGUAAAGUUGGCUACCAAGUAUGCCAGCGAGGAAGUGAACAGAAAUGACUUCUCAGGCUUGAAAUUGAGGUCUCUUGUCUUGAACAACGCAGCCACUCUUAACAUUCCCGUAUUGCAGCAGCUUGCAGCCACUGUAUUCAGUGAGUGGAAGCUGACGGGAUCCAUUGACUCGUCCAUGAGAACUUUUGUUUUGAGGUCCGUGGUGUCUUCCGAGCACGUGAGCCAAGAAGACUUUGACUUCAUCAUGAAGCAGGUCACACACCCCACCUCCUUAGAUUCGAGAGAAGUGGCCUUGAGUGCUUUGGGCUGUACUUCAGAUCUCUCGGUCGCACGGAAAGUUAUGCUGUUUUUGAUCGACGACUCUGUGAUUCCCACGAUGGACGCACACUUCCUCGCGGUUUCCUUGUCUAAGAACACGAAGACACGCGACUUGUUGUGGCAAUUCGUCAAGGACAACUAUGCCAAAAUCUACGAGUUGAUGUCGACCAACAUGGUGGUAUUGGAUCGUUUCAUCAAGUUGACGGUUUGUAACUACCAGUCGUUUGCGGUGGAGAAGGACGUAAGGGAAUUUUUUGCUGCCAAGGAUGUUCACGGUUUCGAGAGAGCACUCAACCAGGCGUUGGACCAGAUUCACAUUAACGCUUCUUGGGUCGACAGAGACCAGGCCAGUGUUGAGCAGUGGUUGCAAAGCAGAUUGUGA